AUGUCAGGAUUACACAUUCCAUCCAUCAUGUGGACUAUGGGAGCUUUCGUCAUCUUCUUCAUUGCAUUGAGUGAUGCCAAGCUUUUCGACGGCGUGGAUAUUGGCCCUCCUGGGCAACUCGACCUAAUCGAGGGUUCAAUGCCUCAGGAGACGACUAAGCCAUUCAACUUGAGUGACCUGACCUUAUCUCCCACAGAUCCCUUCUUCACGACUACAACGGUCGCACCACCGCCCAAGAUCGAGAAGAUAGGCAGCAGCGCUUCCGUUGAGCAUCCUACGGAUUAUUCAGCAGUGCUCACUGCUAUGCUCGUUCUCAUCACUUUCAUGUUAGCCAUGGGAUUCAUGCAACUCUUAGUGCUAAUGAAAGUGAUGAUGGCAAUGCAGAGGCAGGAUGGGAGGCCCGAUCUUGAAGAGGGGCAGUCGGUUCCUGAUAAAUCACUUUCAGGAACAGUCGCUUCUGAAUGUGUGGCUGCUGGCCUUCAAAUUGCAUGA